CUGUUCCUGUUUUGAGUAGACAGAAUCAUCAGCAAAAGUAUGUUGUUUGAAAGCAAGAUGGGAAUGACGUUGGAAGGGGAACAUAGAUGAUGGCGAGGAACGUGAAGAGGGCAUAUCAACAUGGAGAAUUAACGCUUGAAGCUCGCUGAAGAACACCGUUGGUGGCACCUGUCCUCUGUGUGCGUUGCUUUGUUGAACUUUUCCAUUGAAGGACCACAGUGAUGUAGUGACAUGAAACGAAAGCGAUGAAACCAAUACAAGGACAGUGUACUGGAGUGAUGGCUCAGGAUUCACCAUAUCAGCAGAGGGCCUGCCUCCAUCGUCAUGACCGAUCUUACACCUUCUCACUAGAAGCAAUUACUAACCGUAAUUUCACAUAGAUGCCUCCAAAAAUUCAACAAUCCAAGGCUGCUAAAGCUGCUGCUGCCAUGGCCGGUGGUAAGAAGUCCAAGAAGAAAUGGUCCAAAGGUCGUGUUAAAGACAAAGCUCAACACGCCAUCAUGCUUGACCAGGACAAAUUCGACAGAAUUAUCAAGGAGGUUCCAACUUUCAGAUUCAUCUCUGUCUCCAUCCUUGUUGACCGUAUGAAAAUUGGUGGUUCCCUUGCCCGUGUCGCCAUCAAGCACUUGGAGAACGAGGGUUUGAUUAAGCCAGUCUCCAAGCACGCUACCCAAUUGAUCUACGUCCGUGCUACCUCUUCCGAGUAAAUACGGGUGUCACAUUAAU